AUGGACGCGGAGACGCUGACGCAGAACAUCGAGAGCAGGAAGAACAAGGUGUUCAUCAUGCUCGAGGAGGUCCGAAGGCUGCGGGUGCAGAUGCAGCUCAAGAGCCGGGACAUCGACGAACCCUCGCCGCCGCCGAGGGAGUACCCAUCCGUCGUGCCGGGAUUCCCGCGACUGACGGAGGACACGUUCCAGGACUAUUACAUCUACUGGGCCGCGUGCGUGGUGCUCUUCCUCAUCUUCGGAGGCCUCAUCGCUCCCCUCGCCGAGGUCAAGAUGGGCCUCGGCGGCACCACCUACCUGGACUUCAUCGAGAGCGUGCACCUCCCGAGGCAGCUCGCGCUGGUCGAUCCCAUCGUCGCGUCAUUCACGGGGGGCGCCGUCGGCGCCAUCUCCGCGUUUUUCGUCAUCGAGAUCAACAACUUCAAGGAGCAGGAGCGCAAGGUGUGCAUGUACUGCAAGGGGACCGGGUACCUGACGUGUGCGGAGUGCAGCACGAGCCCCAAGCCCGGGCGGAUCAUCGACCCGACGAGCGGCGCCAAGUGCUACUGCCCGUGCUGCAGCGGGACGGCGAAGGUGAUGUGCACCAGUUGCCUGUGCACGGGCAUGGCGAUGGUGACGGAGCACGACCCGAGGAUCGAUCCGUUCGGGGAGUGA